GGUUUAGGCGUCAUGGGGUUUAAGCUUCAUUCUGAAACCCUGUACGAGCCUCAUCUCUGCUCCAUGGUUUUGAGCAACAGUGAUAAGGACUCUCAAAAAAGUAUUUCAGCUUGGGUUUUGAAGACCCAAUCUCCCAAGAAGAAUCCACAGUUUUUGAAAUUAGGGCUUUCUUUAGCAAAGGUCCCCUUUUCUCACUUCCAAUUACACUGUACAGAUUCUUCUCUUACAGAUCAUGUUUUAGAAUCUCUCCAAAUUUGUGGUUUUAUUUUCUAGGGUUUAAGUUUCAUUAUCACCUAGGGUUCAAAAUAACCAUAUUUGCUCCUGCAAAAACAUCAAAUCCUUAAGCACACAAAGAAGUCCCAGCUCCAUAUACUUUACAGCCAUAAACGCCCUCUCAAUCUCUGCGUAGAACCCAUCAGAAUAAAUGGGAAAAGCAAAGGGCAAACAUCGCCUCGAUAAAUUCUACCAUUUCGCCAAAGAACAAGGCUACAGGUCAAGAGCAGCCUACAAAAUUAUACAACUGAACUCCAAAUUUAACAUUUUGCCCUCAGCUAGGUCGCUCUUGGACCUCUGUGCCGCCCCUGGUGGGUGGAUGCAAGUUGCAGUGAAGCACAUGCCCGUUGGCAGCUUUGUGCUGGGGGUGGACCUUGUGCAUAUAAGGCCGAUCCGAGGCGCGGUUUCCAUACAGGGUGAUAUCACGACCCAGGACUGUAGGUCUGCCAUUAGGAAGAAGAUGGGGGAGAACGGGUGUGGGGCAUUUGACGUAAUUUUGCACGAUGGGUCCCCAAAUGUUGGAGGGGCAUGGGCGAAGGAGGCGACCAGUCAGGCUGCAUUGGUGGUGGAUGCUGUUCGGCUUGCGUCGGAGUUCCUUGUGCCCAAGGGGACCUUUGUCACUAAGGUAUUCAGGUCACAAGAUUACAAUGCAGUACUUUAUUGUCUAAAGCAGUUGUUUGAGAAAGUUGAGGUGACCAAACCCACGGCAAGUCGUUCAACUUCUGCUGAAAUUUAUGUUGUGGGGCAUGGAUAUAAAGCUCCUGCAAAGAUUGAUCCACGGCUUCUUGAUGUUAAACAUCUAUUUCAAGGGGCUAUAGAACCCCCAAAGGUGAUGGAUGUUCUUAGAGGAACCAAGCAAAAGAGAAAUCGUGAGGGCUAUGAGGAUGGAGCUUCAAUCUUGCGAAAGGUGUGUUUGGCAUCUGAAUUUGUAUUGUCAGAGACGCCUUUGGAUCUUCUUGGAUCAGUUACAUGUAUAUCUUUCGAGGAUCCUGCUUGUUUGACCAUCAAAGAACAUCCUUUAACAACAGAAGAAAUCAAAGCACUAUGUGAUGAUUUGCUCAUUCUGGGAAAGCAAGAUUUUAAGCUGCUACUGAAGUGGCGCAUGCACAUAAGAAAGGCCUUGUUACGUGAACAGAAAGUUGCUGCUCCUAAGGCUUCUGAUGAAGAAGAUGGGAUGACUACUCAGGAAAAUGAUGAUGAGCGCAUACUUAACGAAAUGGAGGAGCUGACUUAUGUUUUGGACAGCAAGAAGAAAAGAGCAAAGAAACUCCUUGCAAAACGACGGGCUAAGGAAAAAUCUCGUACAAAGACAGGAAUGCAAAUAGAUGCAAUGGAAGAUGGUUACAUUGACAAUGAGUUGUUUUCUCUAUCCUCCAUCAAGGGGAAAAAAGAUCUGCAAGCUGUUGAUUCAACUGAGGUUGACUAUAUAAAUGGUGAAAAUGUGGAAAGUGAGAGUGAAGAAACUGGUGUAGGUGAAGGUGAGGAGGAUUCUCGUAGUGACAUUGAUUCUGAUGAAGAACACCAAAGGUAUGAUGAACAACUUGAGGAGUUUCUAGAUCAAGCUUAUGAAAGGUUUGUGACUGGAAAGGAAGGAAGUUCCAAGCAGCGCAAACGUGCGAGGCUAGCCUUAGCAGAUGGAAGUGGUGAACUAUGGAAGGAUACCCAGGUUGGUGGUCAAGACUUGGCAGGUGAUUCCGAUGUAGACCAGGAUAUGGAAGCAAAUCCUUUAGUAGUACCACUCCAUGAGGAGCUGCCGCUCACCAAAGAGCAACUCACUGAACAAUGGUUCAGUCAGGAUGUGUUUGCAUCAACAGAACCAGAAGAGGCAGCAACCAAAUAUGAUGGUGAAAAUGAAGUGGAAGAUGUCAUCCAAGAUGCCCCCACACCUUCUAUCUCGAAAAAGUUGGGGCCAAAUAAGCUUGAUUCCUUAAGUCAGGUAUCCCAACAAGAUGACUUUGAAAUUGUCCCUGCUGAGGGCUCCUCAUCAAGUGAUGAUUCAUCUUCUGAUGGUGAUGAAUCAGAGUAUGACACUGACUCAAAGGCUGAAAUCUUGGCCUAUGCAAAGAAGAUGUUGAGGAAGAAGCAAAGGGAGCAGAUACUUGAUGAUGCUUAUAACAGGUAUACAUUUGACGACCAGGAGGGUUUGCCAGUUUGGUUUUUGGAGGACGAAAAGAGGCACAACAAGCCAUUAAAGCCCAUCACUCGAGAAGAGGUAGAAGCCAUGAAGGCCCAAUUUAGGGAGAUAGAUGCUCGGCCAGCCAAGAAGGUGGCUCAAGCCAAGGCUAGGAAGAAGAGAGUGGCCAUGAGGAAGCUUGAGUCUGUGAAGAGAAAGGCAAACUCUAUUUCAGAUCAGACAGAUAUUUCAGAGAGAUCAAAGACUAAGAUGAUUGACAAGCUUUACAAGAAGGCAGCACCUAAAAGGCCAAAUAAAGAGUACCAGGUAGCGAAGAAGGGGGUUCCUGUGAAGCCCGGAAAAGGUAAAGUGUUGGUGGAUCCACGAAUGAAGAAAGAUAUGAGGACUCAUGGGAUGGGGAAGCCUGGAAAAGUUGGUAAAAAGAAGGGAAAGGGAGUAAAGAUGGGGGGAAAGGGAGUAAAGGUGGGGGGAAAGGGUGGCAAAGGUAAAAGUAAAGGGCUUGGGGGAUCGGCUAAUAAGAAAGGGAAGAAGAUGGGAAGGAAGAAAUGAGGAAUUUUUUUGUUGGUUUGGAUGGGCAUGAAGAAUGGAGAAUUUUCUGUUGGUUUUAACUGGAGUUGGAUGGUGAGAAAGUUCCUUUGUAUUUCGGUGAGACUUGGGAAUAAAAAACUGGGAAGAAUUUUGUUUUUUUUUUAAUGUAUUUUCUAAGUUGACGACGUAUUAGUGAUAAAUGUUAUUUUUUUUAGAGAGAAUUAGUGAUAAAUGUUUAUUUUUGUUA